AACAUUUUGGUGGGUAUAGGAGAAGCAUGGAUCAUGGGGCUCCAAUUGAUUUGGAUAAGUGAUUACAAACCUCCCAUCACAAUUCACACCACAACUCCAAACUCCAUUACAAAAUUACACCACCUCCAUCUUUGACCACCCUCACCGGCGGCAUCUCUACUACAUCUUUCUCCCUUCUUCCACCUAACCAAACCUCAUAUAAACCCCCCAAAACAAACAUGUCCAUUUCUCUCUCCUCUUUACCCCACCUUUCACCUCUCCACCACCCUCAUGCCCACCUCCACUCCACCCCUUCCAUGUCUCUCCUCCGCCACCUAACCCCCCCUCUCCGCCACCACCGCCGCCGACUCCUCUCCCUCGCCGCCUCCGCCGUCCGCCAAGACACCACUCUCUGGACACCCACCCCCAUCUCUCUCAUCGAACCCGCCGCCGAAUCACUCUUCCACAUCUCCAUCAACGUCUCCGACGCCCCUCACAUCGCCGCCUCCUACACUCGCCCUGGCCAAUACUUGCAGCUCAAAGUCCCUGACUCUCCUAAGCCUUCUUUCCUCGCUAUCGCCUCUCCUCCGCUGCUUGUCGCUGAGCGCGGCGAGUUUCAGUUUCUUGUUAAGAAAGUCGCAGGCUCUACCGCUGAGCUUUUGUGUGGGUUGAAUAAAGGGGAUGUUGUUGAAUUGACCGCUGUCAUGGGGAAUGGCUUUGAUGUCGAUCGCCUUUCGCCUCCCGAGGAGUUUCCCACUCUUCUUAUCUUCGCCACUGGAUCUGGAAUCAGUCCAAUCCGAUCUCUUAUUGAAUCUGGCUUCAGUGCUGACAAGAGGUCAGAUGUGAGGCUUUAUUAUGGAGCUAGAAAUUUGCAAAGGAUGGCCUAUCAGGAUAGAUUCAAAGAUUGGGAAUCUUCUGGUGUUAAGAUAGUUCCAGUAUUGUCACAACCGGAUGAGAAAUGGACUGGUGAAGCUGGCUAUGUGCAGGCUGCCUUUUGUAGAUCCAAAAACAUUUCAAACCCAAACUCUACUGGUGUUGUACUAUGUGGGCAGAAACAGAUGACAGAGGAAAUUACUUCUAUAUUGACAGAAGAUGGGGUCUCAACUGACAAUAUACUCAAGAACUUCUAAUCUCAUCAUUUUCAUGAGAUGGAGCUCCUCCUCUUCAUCUGUUGUAUAAUUGUUACAGGAAGCAGUGAUGUUCUUCCAUUCAUUUAUUCCUCGUUGCCGAGUAUCAAUUUUCUCAGCUUGGAAUAGCGAAAAUAAAUCUGAUUUCUAAAAUUUUGACAUAUAUUACAACAGUAAAUUAGCAAUAUUGUUCCAGUUAUGCAUAUACCCUCGUGAGUCUGUGCUGUAUCUAGAUACGUAGUUGAUAGUUCUUGAGAUUCAACAUCAGCUAUACCACAUUGUCGUCUCUCUCUUGAGAAAAGGAUUAGGUAUAUCGUAUAACGUUGUAUUAUGAACUCUGUUUUAACUUUUAAACUUGUAAUGUUUUCUGUACGUCUGCAAUAUAACAUUGGUUGAGUUGCUCAA